UCGGCCAUGGAGAAACUUUCUGCAGUGGUUUUCUGUUUGUUGCUGAGCGUCGGCAUGGCGACGGCCCAGACAGUUCCUAUUGAGCGAGCGCUGCCUCAGUGGCUCACCGGCCUCAUCGCCGUCGGCUGCUUCCUCUUCCUCAGCUUCGUCACUCUGCUGGUGAAGAAGGCCUGGUGUGAUGAGACCAGCAGUGUGACUCUGUACAGAAGCAGUGAAGCAGCAGCAGUGGAGACAGCGGAGGAAAUAGAAAUCGGCCGAGCCAACAGUAACUUGUACGACACCAGACUGAGCACGUUCAGGAGCAAAGAAGACCCGAACGCUUACGAAAACCUGGUGGUCGAGUCUGACGACAAAGUUACCACCAUGUGAUCACCCUGAGACGAUCCUAUUGGCUGUCUGAGCGGUGACAUCAUCAUCAUCAUCAUCAUCAUC